CGUGAAUUGUUUUCAUCAACAGUCGCCUACGUUUCCUUCCUUCCUUCCUUCCUCGUACACGCACUCCACACGUUUCUCUUUCUCUUUUCACAAAUUACCAUUUUUGAAGCAUUCAACUUUUUCACUCUCUCUACUUAAUUUCAACCCUUUUUCAUUUGAUUCAAUUUUCUUCGAUCUAUUCAAUGGGCGCCGCCGAUGAAGAAUACGAUUACUUGUUCAAGUUGGUUUUGAUCGGUGAUUCUGGUGUUGGGAAGUCUAAUCUGUUGUCGAGAUUUACGAGGAAUGAGUUUAAUUUGGAGUCUAAAUCUACUAUUGGUGUUGAGUUUGCGACCAGAAGUGUUAGGAUUCUUGAUAAGCUUGUUAAGGCUCAGAUUUGGGAUACUGCUGGACAAGAAAGAUAUCGUGCAAUCACAAGUGCUUACUACCGUGGAGCCGUUGGUGCACUGCUUGUGUACGACUCAACCAGGCACGUGACAUUUGAAAACGUGGAGAGAUGGUUGAAGGAGCUUCGAGAUCACACAGAUGCCUACGUUGUAAUCAUGCUCGUAGGAAACAAAACCGAUCUUCGACACUUGUGUGCCGUGUCCACAGAAGAAGCCACCGCAUUCGCUGAGAAAGAAAACAUAUAUUUCAUGGAAACUUCUGCACUCGAGUCCGUCAAUGUAGACAGUGCUUUUGUGGAAGUGCUCACUCAGAUAUACAAUGUCGUGAGUAAGAGGGCUCUUGAGAAAGAGAAUGGCUCUGCAUCAGUGCCUAAGGGAGAGACUAUCAAUAUUGGUAAAGAUGAUGUAUCAGAGGUUAAGAAGAGUACAUGCUGCAGUUCAGCAUAGUUUGAAUUGAAAGAAGAUCUUAGUUACAUAGUAAAAUUUUCAUUAUUUUGGAUCUAUAUGAAAUGUUUUGGUAUUUGAUUGAUACUUUUUUUUUUGUCAUUGAACAUUUUUGUUAUUUGUUGUGAGAAAGUCAUUGCUUUAUGAUGCGUUUUUGUUUAUUGAGAUACAUUGAUUUGCUACAA